CCAGGAGUAACUUCCGUACAUCCUCCAUCUUCAUAUGUGUUCAUAUGCAUGACGUGAGUGACGUUAGUGCUUGUUUCCCCGGCGACCUGUGUAAGGCGGUCCAAGUUUCCCCACCCAUCUCAGUUACUAAUUAUGGCUAAUGAUAAUGACUCUUUGAGAAAAAAGUCGUGUGAGGUUGUUGGUCUGAUGUAAUUUUGCCAAUCCUCAAAAAGUUUGUUGAAACAUGUCAGCUGUGGCACCUCCCACGAAACCCCCUCGUGGAGUAAAACAUCAAAAAGAAACGAGCGGACUGCUGAUGUCCGUCAUCCGCACCCUAUCAGCAAGCGAAUCAAAUGAGCAGAGAGACAGAGAAAAAGCCAAACUAGAGAAGGAAUAUAAACGCAGUGACCAGAAAUUGGAUGAACUGGUAUCACUGCAUGAUCAAGACCUCACACAAGUCAUGCAACUGUUUGGAAAGCUGUCAGCCCGUGUGACAACAUCCCGUGAAAAAAUCCAUGCUGUGAAGGAGAACCUGCAGGCCUGCAAGCUUCUUCUGCAUUGCCGUAGGGAUGAACUCAAGAAGCUCUGGCUUGAGGGCAUUGAGCACAAGCAUGUGUUGCAGCUGCUUGAGGAGAUAGACCAGCUGCGUGAGGUGCCUUCACAGCUCACUGCUUUUCUUGACAAAAAGCAUUACCUGCAUGCCACACAGCUCCUUGUGUCUGCCUUAUGUUUAGGGGAGGGCAGCUUGGAGGGCGUGGAGGCCCUCAGAGAAGUACGGACAGACCUUCAGACAAAGAAACAGAAAUUGCACUCUCGACUGCUGACAGAACUGACAUCCCAUCUGUACAUAGUAUCAACUCACGAUGUGGUAGCAUUACGCCGACAGGGCAGUGGCCGAGAUGGCAACCCUCUCAACUCACCCUUCCAACAUGCUGGAGAACUGCGUGGGUUUGCACGAUUGCCGAAAACACGACUGGCUUUGCUGGACAUGAACGUAACAUCCCCAAACACUCCAUCACUUAGGGCUGGUAUGAGUUCUGGUAUGAACCAGACAGGCACAGAGGAAGAACUGAAGGGUGUAGAAGAAGAUGUGGAUGCCGCAGAUCCAGAGGCAAAUUCAGAGCACUUCAUGGCAAUACUAGUGGAAUGCCUGGCCUUACUGAACAAGGUGCCUGACAUUGUGGAGACCAUUAAGGUGCAGAUGCAGACUGAACUGCUUGCAAUAAUUGGACGUACCACCCAACAGUUGCUGGACUUGUCCCAGCAGCCACCACACAGCUUGGGUGCACGUUCCACGCCACUGCUGCUAGAACUGUUGCAGACUGUGUUUGACCAGUUUAGAUGUGUGGCUGCUGCCCACGCUUCUGUGCUUCACAGUUUUGCCCAAGCAGCAGACAGACAUCGCAUUGACGUGCGUCUGUAUGAGAUGCCAGAUGUAUGGUCCAAAGUGCAGGCUGUGCUGCAGCUCCUACUGACUGACUAUCUGGACAUCCAGAACAUAGCUGGGGAUCCUCAGCAAGCUCCAGCAUCGUUCUCGGAACCCACAAGUGACAUCUCAGUAUACUUCGCUCGUCGUCGUCCACCUCGCCAGAAGAGAACUCCAUUAUUCAAAUUUGACUACUCAUCCCAUGCACUCAGCAUUAAUAGUUAUCUGAAGGAACAACGAGGUCCCAGCGCCAAGGAAUAUAAUGAGACGGGGCAGCCACAGCAGCGAGAGAAGUUACUGGUGUGCUCCCCAGAUCCACGCAACAUUACUCAGAUCUUUAUCCCCCUUAUGAAGUUCAUUGAGGAGAUAGAACAUGCUAUUGGCUGCACACCAGGAAGUCCAUGCACACUGAAUGCAUUCUUGGCAGACUAUAUUAAGGAAGUGUUCCUGGGUCGCCACCACAUGAUGGUAGCUGCCAGCAUCGAGAGUGCCACCAAGUCUGUGGAUGCGUGGCGGGCCAUAACAAACCCUGAGCUCAUGAGGGGUCUUGGCUUGUCCCGACCACUUCUGCAGAGCACAGUUACAGUGGAGCGCUGCAUACAGGAUCUGCGAGAGCUGAUGCAAGCAUUGCCAGCAUAUGCAGAACACUUCCUGUCUAUCAUCUGCAACAUCUUGCACAAUUAUCGUGAAACAUGCCAAGCUGCAUAUCGUGGCAUUGUGCAGCCCGAGUCUGAGGACAAGCGCAUCUGCAGUGCUGCCUGGCUCAAAGAUGAAGACAUCAGCCGUUUCAUCAAGUCAUUGCCAAACUGGACAGAUCUGCAAGCACAGAAAAUGACACACCAUAGACGCCGACCAUUGCGACGUGAGGAGACCACUGAGGAGGAGAGCCCAGAGGAUAUUCGGCAGCGCAACAUGAGAGAGGCAGAGAUACUGGCUACCAACCUAGGAGAAGGCGGAAUCAGUGCACAUGAGAUUUUGUCAGACGUAGGGCAGCUGAAGGGAUUGGCACAACUUCAGGAGAGCAUGGAAUGGUUCUCAACAUCCAUCCUGCUGUUUGCAUCAGAGCUGCCCAGAGCUUCUGCCACAUCUCCGGGUAUACAGGUCAGCUCUGAAGGAAUUCCAGCCAUGCCAGAGUCCUCAGUUAAGGCUCUAAUGCAACUAGCUCAGGAGUUUGAAGAGCUUGCCAACACAUGUUUGUUGGUGCUACACCUUGAGGUGCGAGUACAGUGUUUCCACUAUUUGCUGCCCCAAGCCAACAAUUACAACCGUCUAGUGGGUGGGGUGGACUCCCAGGAGCCAGACCCAAAGGUCCUGGAACUAAGUCGUGUUCUUGUCAGCAUCGAUGAGGCCAUGAACUCAAGUUUACAGCCCCGCAAAUUGAAGUAUAUAGUUGAAGGCCUGGGCCAUCUCAUCGCAAAGAUCCUGAUCAGCUCUGCUCAAUACAUUGACCGUAUUGAUGAGCGGGGCAUCCAGAAGAUGUGUCGUAACAUCUUUGCUUUGCAACAGACAUUGACCAACAUAACAAUGGCUCGUGAGAUUGCAUUGGACCAUGCACGCCACUACUUUGAGUUGUUCUACCUUGCACCAGAGGAGAUACUGAGUGGGGUGAUGGAGAAUGGACCACAGUUCUCAGAGCUUGAAUACAUGAAUGCAUUCCAGCUUGUGAACCGGAGCCAGGCAGAACCCAACUAUGGGGCCAUCAACACCCAUCUGAGCCGUCUGUCAGACAUCCUGGGGGAAGUGGGUAUUACUGUGUAGGGGUCCAGUUGCAUUAUUAAUAAGAGAACAGUAUUGUUACUCAGCAAGAGCAUAAAAAAUAUAUUAUUCCUCAUGAACUUCACCAGCUGCAAAUACAGAAAAAUGAAAUACCAAAGCUAGUUUGUACGCUAGUAUCACAUGUACAUAUAAAUAGUUCAAGUAAUAGAUUUUCUGGUAACUAGGUAGCAGCACAGUCCAGCUUCAUGCCAGUCUAGGUAGCAGGCCACAUGGGCAUUGCCUAGGCCUUUUUUGUAUUUACAAUUAUUUUUCACAAUAAAAAAGUCUAGAUUGCAGAUACGCAUGGGCAUGUUCAGAUGCUGGUUUUAAUAGUCAAAAUGGUGACCAUGCUUGAGAAUUAUACUACGGAAGAGCAGCGUUGUUCGUUUUUUAUGGGCAAAAGGUCUCAAUGCAAAGGAUACUCAUAAAGGAACGUUUCCUGUUUACAGUGGAAAGUUUUUUUUUUUGUGUGUAAAGCGGUUCAACCACAUUGCCAGUGACAAAGAGGUUGAAACAGAGGU